AAGGUUCUUUUCGUGGAGUGUGUUUCACUUAUUUACACGUGUUUCAGGAUGGCCCCGAAAGACCCAAAGGCCGCCGUCGCGGCCAAGGAUGGCAAGAAGGCGAAAAAGAAUCGCAAAUUCAAGAACAGCUUCCUGGCCGAUGGCGUACGUCGUUUUGCGCCCGGCAAGCUGCACCAGCGCCGCAAAAUGUUCCAGCUGAAGAACGUGAAGCCGACGAAGGUGGAGAAGCCGAAGAAAGCCAUGACUGUGGUGAAAAAGAUCGGUGGUGCCAAGAACGGGGGUGAGCGUACGGUGCUGCUGAAGAAGAACAAGCGCUACCUGCCGACGAAGCGCUACGUGAAGAAGCGCCCGGCCAAGGGUUGUUUCCGCAACCACAAGCGCAACACCCGGCAUACGCUGCGCAAGGGCAAGGUACUGAUCCUGGUCGCCGGACGUCAUAAGGGCAAGCGUGUGGUGCUGUUGAAGGUGUUGUCGUCGGGCCUGCUGCUGGUGACCGGACCGUUCGAGGUGAACGCGUGCCCGAUGCGUCGCAUUUCGCAGAACUAUGUGAUCGCGACCCGGACUCAGGUCAACCUGCGCGAGUUCGAGGUUCCGAAGCACAUCAACGACCGAUACUUCCGGCGGGUGAUCGAGAAGAAGAAGAAGGACCCGCGCGUCGAGCGGGACAUCUUCGCGAAGAAGGAAUUCAAGUACGUUCCGUCGGAACAGCGCAAAACCGACCAGAAGGAAGUCGAUGCGGCCGUGCUGAAGGCUGUCAAGGCCCACAAGGAGGGUCCCGUUGUGUUCCGCUAUCUGAAGUCGAUGUUUUCGCUGCGCUCGAACCAGUACCCGCACCGUAUGCGCUUCUAAAUCCGCUUCUGGCGGGCCUGCAACGGGAGAAAAACUCGGACGACGAGGAGGUACGGUGUUGAUGGGCGUUGGUAAACAAAGAGAGUGGAUAGUGGAAAACACCCUUUUACAAUCUUAGCCGCAACACGGGAGGACGUUUGUUUAUGGUAACAUCAUUCAUCUGCGGAAAAGCACCUCGGAAAGGAAUGGUCAAUAAAAUUUAAAGAUUGUAUCUUU